CUGGCCUGUUAAAUGUAACUAUCUCAGUUAUGAAAUGAUUCUGUGCGACCUGUUCCUCUGUCGUGUUGCAGCUGUGUCCUGUGGCCGCCACAAUUUCUUCACUUAUUCUUGGUCAAACGUCUCUAAACGCUCUGAUGGACACGAAAAAUGCAAGUAAUCAAACCAUGAGAGAUUGCAUGGAAAUAUUUAGUGAUACACAAACUGCCAGUUGAUGAUGGAGUCCACACCUGAGCUGGAGGACGGGCAGUUUUCAGAAGUCCAGUAUUUCCUUGUGAAAGAUGGUCCAUAUCAUAAAUCUCUUUCACUGUUGCUGUUUGUCCUCCUUUUCCGAGCAUCAUGUCUUGAAGUACACCCUCAGGUGGUUGGUCCAUCUCAGCCAGUAGUGGUAACAGUUGGUGAUGACAUCAUUUUACCAUGCCAUCUGAGACCUGCCAAGAAUGUUUCAGACAUGACAGUAGAGUGGGCGAGACCUGACCUGAACCCCAGGUUUGUUCAUGUGUGGCGUGACGGUGUGGAACUGGAGAGUAAGAAACAUCCGUCCUACAAAGGAAGAACAUCAGUGUCCAUUGACAAACUGAAGCACGGAGACAUGUCACUGACACUCUCCAGAGUGACACUCUCUGAUGGGGGACAAUAUAAAUGCUUCAUUCCAGGACUGGGUCACUCUUUAAUUCAGCUUGUAGUUGGUGCUGUUUCCUCACCUUUCAUCGUGAGUAUUAACAUAACCAGCAGAGGAGUGGCUCUACAGUGUGAGUCUGCAGGCUGGUAUCCAGAGCCUGAGGUGUUGUGGCUGGACGGUGAGGGAAAGCUCCUCUCUGCUGGACCUACAGAGACAGUCAGAGGUCCUGAUGACCUCUAUACUGUCAGCAGCAGAGUGACUGUGGAGAAGAGACACAGCAACAGCUUCACCUGUAGAGUCCAACAGAGGAGCAUCAACCAGACCACAGAGACAACUACUCACAUAUCAGCUGAUUUCUUUACGACUCCACCAAGUUCAUCUACAAACAACAACAAAUCAUCAUGUAUCAACAAAUGUGUCACUGCUUUGGUUGUUGUCUUUUUGUGCAGUCUCAUAGCUGCUUUCGCUUGGUGCUACUGGAAACAAAGCAAAUCAUGCUACUGCGCUCAACAAGGCAGCCCACAUGAUGAAACAGGCCACAUGCUGUCUGCCCAUCCAACCCCGAAACCAGAACAUUCUACUCCAGCGAGACUCACUGGGAGGCACAUUAUACUAAGCUAGCUCAUCGUAAGAUGUCAGUGGCCAAUAUUUUUUCUGUUGUUCAAACAAUGACUUAAAUUAAGAAAGCCAACAAACUCUCUACAGAGAGUUAGUCGGCUUUCUUCUUGUGAUUUUGAAUUGUAAUAGCUUCCAAAAAGCCCUUAUUCUGCAGUGAUUUUGUCAAGGUUAAAUGCAGACAAGCAUAAUGAGACAACAAAGCAUAAUAAGACAACGUAAUGGAUAUUGUAUUUACACUGAAUUUAAAUAAAGACAACCACAUACAGACUGUGAGG